CUGUUUGCACAUCAAUUUUCAUCAGUUGGAAAAGUGAAUUAAUCGGAACGGUGCUCGGAGCUCGUCUAAUAAUUUAAAAAAGAAAUUUAAAAAAAUUGGGAAAAAAACAAAUCAAUUAUGGCAUACUCCAAAGUGUGGAUGAUCACAGCAGCUGUGAUGCUUGGCAUUGUAGCCAGUGCUCAGAGUGAAGAAACGAUUUAUCGUAUGUGUGUACCCCAAAAGUAUUAUCAGGAUUGUUUGACCUUGCUAAAGGAUCCUUCGGAGGCUGGCAUACGCAUGGAAUGUGUGGCUGGUCGUGAUCGCAUUGAUUGUCUGGAUAUGAUCAAUCAUCGUAAUGCUGAUGUCUUGGCCUCAGAUCCUGAGGACAUGUAUGUGGCCUAUCACACCAAGAAUUCGGACUAUAAGGUGAUUUCGGAAAUGCGUACUAAGGAUGACAAGGAUGCUCCUUUCCGCUACGAGGGUGUUAUUUUGGUUAAGAAAAAUUCCAAUAUCAAAUCCUUGAGUGAUUUGCGUGGUGCCAAAUCUUGCCAUACUGGUUUUGGCCGUAACGUAGGCUAUAAAAUUCCCAUUACCAAGCUUAAGAAUACCCAUAUCCUUAAGGUCUCCAUGGACCCCGAAUUGACUGCUACCGAACGUGAACUCAAAGCUUUGUCGGAAUUCUUUUCACAAUCCUGUUUGGUGGGCACCUACUCACCAUAUCCUGAAACCGAUCGUCUGUUGAAGAAAAAAUAUCCCAACUUGUGUGCUCUGUGUGAGAAACCCGAACAAUGCAACUAUCCGGAUAACUUCUCUGGCUACGAUGGUGCCAUUCGUUGCUUGGAUAAGGGCAAAGGAGAAGUAGCCUUUACCAAAGUUCAAUUUAUCAAGAAAUACUUUGGGCUGAUUUCUGGUGCAAAAGCUGAAGGCAAUGCUGCUGAUUUUGAAUAUUUAUGUGAGGAUGGUAGCAGACGCCCUGUUACUGGUCCUGCUUGCUCUUGGGCCCAGCGUCCCUGGACUGGUUACAUUUCCAAUACGGAUUCAGUCAAAGGUGAUGAAAAACUUCACAAUUUGCAAAAUCGUUUGCAGAAAUUCUUCGAGAAUGGUUUGCAUGCUCAAAACAAGGUAGCCGCUUCUCAUUUGCUGAUCAAUGAAAAUGCAGUGUAUCACAGUAAACCACAGGCCGUGGAUCCCAAGGAGUAUUUGGAAAAGGCAGGCUACAAGGAUGUCAUUGAGCGCGAUGGUUCGGCUUUGAGAAAAAUGAAAAUGUGCGUUCAAACUGAUGUGGAAAUGCAGAAAUGUAAUACCAUGCGCCGCGCUGCUUAUUCUCGCGAUAUUCGCCCUGAAAUGGAAUGUGUUCAAGAGAGAGAUUGCAUAUUGGCAGUGAAGAAUAACAAGGCUGAUAUGGUGGCUGUAAGAGCCAAUAAUUACAAGGAUGCCAGAGAUGUAAAACUCAAGCCCAUUGUCUAUGAGGCUUAUGACGAAAAUGAUGUCUAUGUGGCUGUGGUUGAGCCAGUGCUGACCAAGGACAAUUUGCGCAGCUUGCCAAUCUCCUUUGAUGCCCAAAAUGAAAGAGCCCACAAGGCGGCUGACUAUUUGAACAAAUUGCGUGGCAUGAGCACCUGCCGUUCUACACCCACUUCAGAGAAAAACAUUGUCAUUGUCAGUGCCAAGGAUUUGGAGAAAUAUAAAAAUAAACAGCUGCUAUGUCCCAGCAUGGACAAGAAGCCAGUGAGUGAAUGGAAGGAGUGUAACUGCGAAGCCAAUUUACCAGUUGCCGUCUUCAUACGUGACUCCAUGACUCGCGUUGAACAGGAGACUUUGAAACAUUUAUUCGUUUCCUUAUCCGAUAAAUUUGGCAAGAAGGGUAAAAUAACCGAUGUCUUCACCCUCUUCGGAGCCUUUAAGAAUGGUCAGACAGAUGUUUUGUUCGAUGAUGAUGCUGUGGAAUUUGUCACAGAGUUGAAGAAUGAAAACACCAGCGAGAGAAUCUACCAAAGUUUGAACUGUGAACCUAAUACUACACACUAGAAUAUUGUGGGUCUUUGGUGAGUUCAAAUGGAACAUAUUAUGCACCAAAGAUGGUUUUGACUGUUAUUGUAAGAAGAAAUAAAGGCAUUCAUAAAAAUAA